AUGAAUCCAAUGCCAAGACCUUCGUUGCGAGAUUUCAAAGAAGUCCAGGACCCGAAUCGCCGCUUACUUGGAAAGGGCUCAUAUGGAGAAGUUAAACUUAUCCAGCAUAUUGCGACUGGGGAGUAUUUCGCUUUAAAGCAGGUGAAUAAAGAAAUAUUGAAAAGGCAAUCUUCGGUUAUGAUAUUACUAACUCCCCCCCCUUUAAAUUGGAACAAAAUAUAGGUAAAAUUUCCACUUUUUGGUAAAUUAACCCCCUUUAAAUUGGAACAAAAUAAAAUUUUAUAAUAAAAAAGUUUAUAUAUAUAAAUCAUAAUUUUUAUGUAAAAAGUUUUGACACAAUUUAAAAACACUUCUUCUUAACUAAAAUUAAAAUUUAGUUGAAUCCUGCUCUUGUUUAAAGAAUAGAGUAUAAAGAGCAUCUUAUUUAAAUAAAUUUAUUAUCCUUAAUUGUAAAUUUUUAAAAAAAAUUUCAAAAAAAAUUAUUUGUUUUGAUAAAAAUGAUAUUUUUUAUUUUAAUAGCUUUGAUAUAAACUCAAUACGAAUUCUUUACAAAAAUUCAAAAUUUACUUAUCUCUUGCUUUAUUUUAAAGAAUAGAGUAUAAAAUAACAUCUUAUUUAAACAAAAUUAGCACUUUGAUUAAUAAAUUUUCUAAAAUUGUUUUUUUAUAAAAAAAAUUUUAUAAUGAUUUUUUUUUUUAAAAAAAUUUUCUUACUCCCCCCCCCCCCCCCUCCGUGAGCGAACAAAACCAUUAGAAAAAUCGCCAUUUUUUGACCAAAAACCCACCCUCCGUGAGUGAACAAAAAUUUUUUUUAAUAGAAAAAAUUUUAAUGGAAAAAAAUUUUGAUAUAUAAGUGAUAAUUAGUAUAAUGAAAUCUAGAGCUAAUUCUGUUUAAUUUUAAACAAAUUGCGUUUUAAACAUAAAUUUUGCAAAUUAAAUUAAUAUUUGCUUCCCAAUUUUGCAAAUUAGGAUUUUUUUAAAUUUCGAAAAAAAUAUUUUUUUAUAAAAUUUAUAUAUAAAUUUUUUUUAAAAAAAAAAAUUAACCCCCUCCGUGAGCGAACAAAAUUUUUUUGUUCGCUCACGGAGGGGGGGGGGGAGUUAACCCCCUUUAAUUUGAACAAAAUUUUUUGUUCCAAUUUAAAAGGGGGGGAGUAAGGGAAAUAAAUAUCCACAAAACAUUGAAACACCCAAAUAUCAUCCAACUCUAUCAUCACUUUGAAAAUGAUCGUUUUGUCUAUUUAAUUCUUAGCUAUGCUUCAAAAGGUUCUUUAUUCAGAAUGGUUAGGCAAAAUAAUGGUCUCCCAGAAGAAAAAGCCUGACGAUAUUUUACACAAACCUGCAUUGGAUUAAAAUACCUGCAUGAUAGACAGAUAAUUCAUAGGGAUUUAAAGCCUGAAAAUCUGCUAAUAGAUGGAAAUGAUAACAUAAAAAUCUGUGAUUUUGGCUGAUGUGUGCAGAGUAGCGAAGAGAGAAAAACGUUCUGUGGGACUCUAGAUUAUAUGGCGCCUGAAAUGGUAUUAAGUCAAGGGCAUUCUUAUCAAAUUGAUUUAUGAGCAAUAGGGGUGCUACUAUAUGAAAUGCUGCAUGGCUGUGCCCCUUUUAGAGCUAUAGUUGAUAAAGAAAAAUGCAAGCAAAUAUUAGAGCCUCGUAUUGAAUUUGGACAUCAUAUCAGUGAAGAAGCUAAGGAUUUGAUAGAAAAACUAUACUAUUUUUUGAAAAAUUAGCAAAUUAGGGUUGAUAAUUAAUAGAAUUAAACUUUAAAAUGAUAUUUAUAUCUAUUCAUGCAAAUAAAUAUAAUUGUAACUGACCCAAAAGAACGCUUACCACUGAAUGAAGUUUUAAGACAUCCAUGGGUAAAAAAAUUUGCCCCUCAAACCGAGCUUAGGCUUGAUCAAAAAGUUAUGCAUAAUGAGCAUCAAGAAGGAAGAAUUAUUGAAAUUGAAGGACUGCUCUGCACAAUAUAUUAUCCAGAAAGUGAUAUAACCCAAUAUUUAUCAGCUCCAGAUGUGCCGUUUACUGUAGAAAUUCUUGAAAAUAAUGAUAUGCAGCACCAAAAUUCGAUGGAAAGUGAAGGUCUAGUAAGCGAAGACCAAGUAAUCCAGAAGCUGCAAAACUGGAUUUUAGCACCUAUUAAACGUAAAAAGAAAAGACAAUCCACAAGAUUGUCUAAAGAAACCCUACCUAUGGGUGAUACAACCCCAAAUACUCCUAGGCCAGCCCAAACAAUAGGUCACAAUUCCCGAAAACUCAGUAUUUUAUCACAAUCUGAAUCUACCCCAUCACUAUUAGAAAAAGCUUCAAGAGGAUCUAUAAGGCGCUCUGAUAAUCUUUUUAGGAUUUGCUAUAUGAACGAUGGUGAAGAUCCUGCAGGAGGUCUCUUCAAUAGCCCUGAAGAUGAAAAAAAUAUAAUUAAAGAGAGAUACAAGAAGGUUGCUAUGGCGUCAAAAACCAAAAAAAGUAAAAUUCAUGUUGCAAAAAUUGUUGAUAGAAAAGCCCAGACUAUUGGGUCGCUCGAUUUGAAAAAAAUUUUAGAUAAAAAUGAUAUUGACUUAAGUGCGAGGACUCUGCGAGCUAAAGAAGAAGAAUUAUGCAUUUUUAUAAUAAUUAGAUGCCUAUGGUUCUAAAAACGAUUUUAUAAAUGUGUUUGUAAUAGAGCAAUUGACAUUUAAAAGAAUUAUCGCACUUAAUUUAAUAUAAUUUAUUCAAACUGCAUAGAUCUAUAGAAGGAGGAAAUUUAAAUAAAUUUCAAGACAGAAAAUCAUUAAAUGUCAGGCCGAUUUCUAAAAGAAAAGAGACAACCAGUUGGUUUUCUAAAGUAUUUGGGUGUGUUGAAAGAACUUAA